AUGUCUACAGCCAAAAUACAGAGCCUCCUCGCCAGCCUCAGAGAGCUGACCCAACAGCCACCUGAGGAUGACAAACUUCGCACCCAGCUGUCCGAGGCGCUUUCCUCUGCCCAGGUUGCCGUGGAACGCCCUCUGGACACCGUUCACCGGAUCUCCUUCAUACCAUUGCAAUUGUUCAUGACCAAAAUCGCCGUUGACCUGAAGCUCUUUGAGACUCUCGUCUCGCAAGGGCGGUCCAUGAGCGUCCAAGAGCUGGCCCAGAAAACUGGGGCACAGGAUGUGCUGUUGGGUCGUAUCCUUCGCUAUCUUGCCGCCUUUAACCUCGUUUCCGAAACGGGCGUCGACCAGUUCGAGGCCACCCCAGUCACGCAGACGCUCACUGUGCCCGGGUUUGCAGCAGGAAUCAAGCACCACUUCGACAUCCAGCUGCCCGCUUGGGUAGAUCUUCCGGAUUUCCUUGCAGCCGGCAAGUAUCAGAACCCCUCAGACCAUAAGCACACGGCAUUCCAACGGGUCCACCACACGGACCAGACCGUCUUUACCUGGUUCACGACUCAACCAGGCUACUUUGCAGACUUUAGCGCGUGGAUGGCGGCGCAGCGCAAGGGCCAGCGCACCUGGCUGGAUACUUUCCCCCUAGAGCGGCUGGUCAAAGCGGCCCACACCGAGGCACCCCUCUUUGUGGAUGUUGGGGGCAGUGUAGGCCACCAGUGUGUGGCACUCGUGAAACGACUUCCCCAGCUUGUUGGGCGUGUAGUGCUCGAAGAUCUCGCUCCCGUUAUCGCUAACGCUCUGCUGCACCCCCGGGUUGAGCGUCUCGCGCACGACUUCUGGACCCCGCAACCUGUCACGGGUGCCUCCUUUUACUAUCUUCGGAACGUGCUGCAUGACUACCCCGACGAUCAGUGUAUCAAGUUGCUGCAACUCCAACGCGUGGCCAUGGGCGCUGAUUCAGUUCUCCUGGUUGACGAGUUGGUUCGUCCGGCCACCGGGGCGCCCCGGAGCUUCGUGGAUCUGGACAUUGCAAUGAUGGCGUGCUUGGCAGCACAGGAACGUACACGAGAGCAAUUCGAACAUCUGUUCCGAUCCGCGGGGCUGUAUCUGGAGGAAGUAUUACCUUACGAGACAGAGCUAGGGCAUAGCGUGAUGGUGGCUAUACCGGCGGCUGAUUCCGAUUAA